UGACAAUAUAUUCCGUGAUCCGUCACCGUCAUCUCAUUAACUUUUGAAGCUCUAAAUAAAUCGGGGCGCAAUUUUAUAACUUAAUAAUCUUUCCUCGUUAAACCUUCAUCGCUAUGUGUUAUCAAUAGCGCGGACUGGUUUGGGAAAGUGCAACGUGUUAAAAGUAAAACCCGAUCGCAAUAAUGAAACAUGUCGUCGCAACCUCACUAUGGAUCCAUGUACAACAGAACAAAACGAAAGUGACGAGUUGAUCGUGUGUAAACUUAGUGUAUUUUAGUUUAUUUUUUAGUGUUAUUCAAAAAUGGCGCAGACGGUGAGACGUGCCAUCGAAGGGAGAUAUCCCUCAUGUUAUAUACCUAGCAGAAUUAAAGAGAGAAGAGCGAAGGCAAGGGCAUUGAGAUUAGAGCAGCAACGGAAGCCUGAAAAGCCAGAAGACUUUGUCUGUUACUCUGAUAGCGAUAGCGAGGAAGAAACACCAGCUCAGCAGCACAAGAUCCUGUCCACGUCCUACAACUUUGUGGACUAUGUUCGCUCCAGGGAAAUACUGGCUCCUGAGCCGCGUUCCGUGGACCCGUCGUACGCGACGCGGCACAUGCUCACGCACGAUAUGUUCCGCGAGACGCCCGUCAAUCUCGGCAACAUGAACAAGGUGUUCUGCUCGCAGUGGCUCUCCGACCGACAGAUUGUGUUCGGCACUAAGUGUAAUAAGCUGAUGGUGUACGACGUGCGCUCGCGCUCGCUGGACGCGAUCCCGACGCUGCGGUCGCGCGCGCCGUGGCCGGGCGCCGAGCACCAGACGGGCAUACACGCGCUGCAGAUCAACCCGUCCAGAACGUUAUUAGCAACAGGCGCACGUAAUUCCUGCGAGCUGGCCAUCUACCGUCUGCCAACGUUAGACCCUGUGUGCGUGGGAGAAGCACAUAAAGACUGGAUCCUGGACAUGUGCUGGCUCGACGACGAGUUCGUGGUGACCGGGUCGCGCGACUCGCGGCUGGCGCUGUGGCGCGCGCCGCCCGACGAGCCCGCGCCGCUCGCGCCGCUGCACCGCUACAUCGCGCCGCACGCCGCGCGCGACUGCCGCGCCGGCCAGAAGGUCCGCGCGCUGACGUUCAACAAGCGGUGGCGCGAGAUCGCGGCGCUCACGCUCAACGGCUACAUCCACGUGUUCAGCGCCGCCACCUUCCGCCAGACGCUCUCGCGCAAGCUGCCCUCCUGCCAGGACCUCGUCUGCCUCGCCACGCAGGAAAGCGGUAUAUACGCGAUAGGCUGCAAAUCCUACACGCUGCUGUUGGACUGCCGUACCUUGCAGUCGGUUAAGAAGAUAACAUCCAGAUACAAUGGAUGCGGCAUCCGCUCGGCCACGUUCCGGGGCGAUAUGCUCACUAUUGGCACGGGAUUGGGUUUACUAAUGUUCUACGAUCUGAGGGCUGGUAAAUAUCUAGAGAGCAACAUUCAUUCAUCGAAAACGGUCACGCUCAGGGCUUCCAAAGGCUAUGUGUUCCCCGACGAGGAGGCGGAGGUUUUGGAUGUCUAA